GGCCGAAGAGAUUACUGUUUACUUACAUGUAGAAGUGUUUAAUAUUAAUAAUUAAUACGAUUUCUCGCCGAGACUGAUAAAAACGAAAUACCUGUGCUAAAAGAAAUUUCAUAAACAAAAAACCGUCGUAAUUUCGUCACCGCGCACGUCUUCUCCAAUUGUUUUCAUUCUCGACGAAAAAUGCACAAAAACAAUAUCGUCGCUUAACCAGACGACGCCGAUGUGUCCGGUUCUUCACAGUUGUACGCGUACACCUUCUGUAAUCAUAGUAUCGUGACCGUAGUAUUGGAGAGACGUCACUGUAAUUUGGGUUUGAGAGCAGACAAGCGACGAAAAUGGACGACCUAGAUGCAUUGCUGGCGGAUCUGCAAAGCACAAUACAGCAGACCAACAAAUUAAACGGUGGCGUCAACGGAGGAUACGGAAGUAUUAAUGGUGGAGUUCGAUCUCGAUUGGCUUCUGCUGGUUCACCGGUUGCACUAGCACCCGAAUAUGCUACAGUCCGAUCUCACAAGAUUGAAAGGUCAACUUCAAAUCCUGCAGUUCGACAAGAAUUAUCGCCAACACAACCUAGAAACGAAUUUAAAUCAUCAAAAAUGACAUCUUCAUUGAAUAAUAAUCUUUCAGAACUUGACACAUUACUUCAAGAUCUUAGCAAUUCACGGUAUGCUGAUAAAAAAUUGGUUAAUGGAGAUUCUUAUUCUGCCCCAACAAAAACAGCAAAUAUUCCAACCCGUCCAUCAAUGGAUUCUCUUCUAGAUGAGUUGGAUACAUCACUUUCUUCAAAAAGUAACAAUGGACAGUUGAUUUCAAAGAUGUUAAUGGAAGAAACCACUACCACAACUACUCGUACUGUCUGUCCAACUGCUUCGUCGGCUACUCGAGAAUUAGAUGAUUUAAUGGCUUCGCUAUCAGAUUUCAAGGUGUCCAGUCCGGUGCGGGCUAGCUACGCUACCGAAUCGGCAGACUCGGCGGCGCCACGUUUAGACUGCAUGCUCGGCAGCCUCACGGCCGAGAUGAACAGACAAGGCGUGAACACAACGCAGAAGGGAUGCUGCACGGCGUGCGACAAGGCCAUCGUCGGGCAGGUGAUCACGGCGCUGGGCAAGACCUGGCACCCGGAACACUUCACGUGCAACCACUGUUCCCAGGAGCUGGGAACGCGCAAUUUUUUCGAACGCGAAGGCCGGCCGUACUGCGAACCGGACUACCACAACCUGUUCUCUCCCAGAUGCGCGUACUGCAACGGACCCAUACUCGACAAAUGUGUGACGGCCCUGGAGAAGACCUGGCACACGGAACACUUUUUCUGCGCCCAGUGCGGCAAACAGUUCGGCGAGGAAGGAUUCCACGAGCGCGAAGGUCGCCCGUACUGCAAAGACGAUUACUUCGACAUGUUCGCGCCCAAGUGCGGAGGGUGCACCCGGCCCAUAAUGGAGAACUACGUGUCGGCCCUGUCCACCCAAUGGCAUUCCAGCUGUUUCGUCUGCCGGGACUGCCGUAUGCCGUUCGUCAGUGGUCAGUUCUUCGACCACGAGAGCCAGCCCUACUGCGAGACGCACUAUCACGCCAAGCGAGGGUCGCUGUGCGCCGGAUGCCACAAGCCGAUCGCGGGCCGUUGCAUCACGGCCAUGUUCAAGAAGUUCCACCCUGAGCAUUUCGUGUGCGCCUUUUGCCUGAAACAGCUCAACAAGGGAACGUUCAAAGAACAAAACGAGAAACCGUACUGCCACUCGUGUUUCGAGAAGCUGUUCGGGUAGACCGCCGGCGACGUCGCGUCGGAUCGAAACUGUAAAAAAAAAAAUAACAAAAAUGCGACGCGCGAUCGGCGACGGCGACGGAUCGGUUUCGAUGAGAUUAUUAUUUUGUUCGACGAUUAAUAAUUAUGAUGCAUAAAUAACGAGAUACGAUCACGCCGCCGUCGGUGUUAUAUUGUGCAAUAUAUAUUAUAUAAUGGAGCAAUAGAUAACGUAAGAAUAGUGUACAACCGACGAAUUUACCCGACCUCGAUAUGAUGCUGUCGAUUACUGCUGUCCGCCUACCCAUAUUUUAUCAUAUUAUAAUAUUAUAUAUAUAUAUGUUUCUAACUCCGUCAUCCCUCACUAAAUAGCCAAUACCUUAAACACAAUAAUAUUAUAUUCGUUUUUCUUUACUAACACAAUUAUUUAUAUUUAUAUUAUUAUCAUUAUUAUUAUUAUUUCUUUUUUUUUAAUCCUGUACAAAAAUUAUUAUUUCCCAUAUUAGUUUUGUACUGUUAUUUUGCCUGUAUUGUUAUUUGUUUUUAAUUUUUUUUGCAAUUAAUCUGCCUAUGUGCUGUAUAGGCAUUUCAUUUUACCCCAUUCCAAUUUUUAAAGUCACAACCUCUGCGUAUAAUAAUAUAUACUGCAACACCAUUUCAGUAUCAUGAAUAAAUGGCAUUCCACAUUUUGAAUGUCUUAAUAUUUUAAUGGUAAUCAUCGAUGUUUUAUUAAUUGACGAUAACGGUUUGAAAAUGUAAAAAGAUAUUAUAUAUUUUCUAGAAACGUUUUUUCAUUGUUAUUGCUUUCUUGGAAAUAGGAAUGUAUAUAAACUGUUUAUAAAUAUUUUCUUUACUAUUUAGAAUUUGUGUUUUUUUUUUUCGUAGGAUUUCGCCUCUAUAUAACAUAAUAUUAACGAUUAGUUGAUGGUAGGUAGCAAAAAAUAUUUGUUUCUAAUAUUAUCCGUUGUUUGACCAUGUUAUGUAAUCGUAUUGCGUUCAAACCCGUCAUAAUGAUUUAAGAUUUAAAAAAAAAUUAUAAUUUUAGGUGAACACCAAUUAAUACUUUGCUUAAAUCGACUGUGUAUAAUGUACGAAUUCAAAUCUCAAAUUAUAAAUAUUGUUUAACGCUGCUAACAAACAAACAAA